AUGACGGAUUUUACGCCAACAAUUUACACGGCUCCGUACGACGCCAUCAGCGCCGCUCAAGCUGAACAUUCCCAGAUUGGUCGCACUGUGCUGAUCACUGGUGGCUCCAAGGGGAUUGGGUUUGCCAUUGCCCGCGCCUUCGCGAUCGCUGGAGCUGCUCGGAUAAUUCUCGUUGCUCGUGGUGGCGCUGCGCUCGAUACGGCGGUGGUCAGGUUGACAUCAGAGUUCCAGGGAACUGUAAUCCCUAUUGCGUGCGAUCUAGGUGAUCCGACAAAUAUCGAGACGCUAUGGGCGGAGCUGAAUGAUCGACAAAUUGUCGUAGAUGUGCUCGUUCUCAACGCUGCUCGUGUACAGGAUAAGGAGUGCUCUAUGCUCAGUCUUGGGUGGCAACAAACCUGGCAAUUGUUUGAGACCAAUGUUCGAGGAAAUAUGAUUAUGGUGGAGAAGACCAUGGGCCAAGCAGGCACGAAACAAAAGUUUAUUUUGAACGUUUCAAGCCCAUUCGUCCACGACCAGGAAAUGGCCGCUGGAUUUCAGCCUUAUGCAAGCUCGAAAUCUGCGUUUGCUAGCGCACUACAGCAUCUCGCUACUGAGACGCCUCUAGAGCGAGCCCAGAUCAUCAGCUUUCAUCCUGGGUUUAUCUACAGUGAUGGUAUGAAGUCCAUAGGUUGCACCCCUCAAGACUUGGACUGGGACGAUGAAAAUCUCCCCGCCAACUUUGCUGUCUGGGCCGCUUCUCCCAAAGCUGCUUUUCUGCACGGACGGUUCGCGUGGGCGAAGUGGAAUGUGGAGGAACUCACAGAAGCAGUAAAGACCGGCAAUGCCGAAAUUCUCAAGAUAGGCAUUCAUGGGCUGUAA